UGUUUUAGCAGUGACGCAUGCGCAAUCAUUGCUUCCGCGACGUACCUAGCCAUCUUUCCAGUCAAGCAAAAGUGAUUGUUUUCAGCUUUAGUCUUAUUUAACGGAACUUUUAUUAAUGUCAGAGCCACAGUCCGCGCUUCUACUACGAAAACAAUUAGCAGAACUAAAUAAAAACCCAGUAGAAGGGUUUUCAGCAGGCCUCAUAGAUGACAAUGACAUAUAUCAGUGGGAAGUACUCAUUAUUGGACCUCCAGAUACGUUAUAUGAAGGUGGGUUCUUCAAAGCACACUUAGAAUUUCCAAAGGAGUAUCCACUUAGGCCACCAAGAAUGAAAUUUAUAACAGAAAUAUGGCAUCCAAACAUCGAAAAAAACGGUAAUGUGUGCAUAUCGAUUUUACACGAACCUGGAGAUGACAAGUGGGGCUACGAAAAAGCAUCGGAACGGUGGUUACCAGUUCACACAGUCGAGACUAUCCUCAUAAGCGUUAUUAGUAUGCUUGCAGAUCCUAAUGAUGAAAGUCCUGCUAAUGUGGAUGCUGCCAAAGAGUGGAGGGAAAGUUACACAGAAUUCAAGAGAAAGGUGGCGAGGUGUGUCAGAAAAAGCCAAGAGGAGUGUUCGUAGGAGAUGAAUAAAUAUUCAAAUGGAAAGACUUAUUUAAUUCUGGGAAGCCGUAAGCACUGUAAAAAAGAAACCGAUGCUCAGCAUUAAGCUAAUGAAUCACAGUGCCACUAAAAACGGAUAAAGCCUGACCCAUCCUUAUGCAGUGCGAGGGAGACAGAGAGUAUGUGUGAAAAUAAAAGAUAAGUUCGCACGCCUCUAUCAAGUUUAUACCACCGCCACUGACGUACCAUCCAUUGAUACGAAGAACAUAAAGGAAAUACAUGCAGCUCACCUUUUACAUAAUAAACAGCUAAAAAACUAAUUUACACGUAUACAUAAAGCAAAAAAACAUCAUCUGUACGAUUAUUACCUUAAUACUAAUAGUUACAAACAUAACUUCCCUGUCCCUCCUGCUCAAGAGCUAGACCUACCCUUUACAUCAGAAAUCCUGUAAUUUAAAAUGUUUACGUUUAUCAUUGAAUAAUAAUUCCUUAGUGUCGUUUCGUAUUUUCUUACUUUCGUAAUAAAUUUUUGUAAAGUCGAAUACACGGUACAUAUAUGCUACAAUCGUUAAUGUAAUGCCAGUAAAAAAUGGAAACAAAAUAUAUGUGAAUUAACUGUGA